AUGAACCUAUCAUUUUCAUCUGCAGACCCAGUUGUAUACAGCAUUGAGCCCACUUAUGGUAGUCUUGCAGGGGGUACCAUGGUCUUUGUACAUGGGAGAGGUGCGUAGCUUUAUAUACAUCGAAAAUGUCUAGUAAUUUCAGCAAGAACAAUGUGAAUUCAACUUCGAGCCGUCGGUUAAUCAACAAUUUAUGUUUGCUCUUUUUUGCAGGUUUUGCAAAUGAUCAGUUUAAUUUUCAUGAUCCAUUACUGGGAAACAAAAUACUGUUCAAAUCAGAUAAACAUCAGGUGGAAUGUCAUAUAACACCAACAGAUGUGUCCGAAAAAAGAAUUGGCUGCGAGACUGAGUAGGUUACUUCAAAUUGUAUCGUAGAGUCGCUUUGUAAACGGAGUAAGAGUAGGGUAGUUGAGAAUUUCAGAUUUGUGAUAUUCACUUUCACAUAUGCCACAUAGCGAGCUUAUUUUCUAGCGAUCGAAUUAUUUUAUUUUUCCGAUCAGUGAUUCAAGCCAUCAGCAGUGGAUUGGUACGGUCUAGGAAAGCCUAGGGCGAGUGACAAUAAUUUACUAAGGAGGUGAUAGAGAGGCAUGUUCUCUCCAGGCUUUCCUCUAUCUCACAAAUCAAUAUGGCGGCUUCAAUCCUUGUUCGAAAAUAAUAUGCAUUUCACAGACUGACGUCAGUGAGAGAGAGUCAGUUACUGUUGUUGAGUCAGUCAGAGGUAGUCAGUCAGUGAGUCAUUCACUCAGUGCACGUGAGUCAUUCGGUAAGUGACUCAUUCAGUCAGUGAGUCAUUCAGUCAGUGUAUGUAUCAGAGUUCGUCGAUUGAUCAGAAGCAAGGCAGCCAGUUAGUUAGUCAGCCAAUUAGCUCAUUUGGUCACAAUUUUUCCUUUUAUCCAGACCAUCACCAACAGCCACUGAUGGUGAAUACGAACUGGUGAUGUUUGUAAAUGGAGAAUUGGUAACAAGGUAUUGCGGGCGUCGUCAGAAAUGUACAUUCCAGGUAAAAUUUCCUGGUCUCAAUUGAGAGCAUAUUUUAAGAGCUGUGAUGGCAAUUAUAAGUUUGAAAAUAUAUGUAGAUGAAAGACCUUUCAUUUAUUUUUUCAAAUCUGGGAAACAUUUCCACUUCUCACGCUGAAAUUUGCCCUUACUGCAUGCGUGAGGUAACCGAAUCCUUGUAUCCAAACUGCACAAGAAAUCAAAUAACAUAUUUUAUCAACGGCAUGUCGAAAAUUGCCAGGUUUUCUAGAAUUCAAAACCUCUGUUGACAAUUUUUUUUUAAGUUGGAGUACUGCUUGAUGUAGUGAUAAGCCACUAGAGUAAAAUCUAUGAUGGUAACCAAGUUAUAAAUUAUUAAUCGCAUCUACCAUUUUAACUGUAGUUUUACAUAUGGAGAACUCCGACCAUCGAUGAUUUCAGUCCUCGGGCUGCAACACCAGGUAUAUACAACAUAUAAAUGUCUAAGUACUUGAUCUUUAGAUAUAAAUUGAUGAUGAUGAUGCUGUCAUAUGAUGUAUACUAAUGAAAUGUGGCAAAUACGACAAACGAUAUCAGCAAUACUGGAAACGUCUCAUUCGAAAAUUCCACUUUACUUGAGGCCGAAUUCACACCAUUGCAAUAUCAAGCGUGACCUGGAGUUCAACCACAUAUAGUCACAUAAUAUUAGAGCAAUUAUUUAAGCGGUUAACACAAUAAUCUACCACUACUUCUUUGUUGCAAGGAACACCCGUUCAAAUCUUUGGAAAAAUUCAUACCACCCAAUUCAGCCGACUUUCUCCUGGAUUUUCACCUGAUAACAAGGAAAUUACAAGGUUAGAUUUUUAACUUUAAUUCACACAGAUUCUUCUUUCAGCCUUUUUUUCUUUGAAAUUGAUAAGUGGUGGCCCUCGCUGGCUUAAGGGACUCUGGUAUUCACAAACUUAUGAUAAAUCAACGUCAUAAAGGUGGUUUUUAUGAUACUUUUUUGCAGAGUCUACGUUGGUCUUGAAUGCAAUCCUUUCAACGACGAGACAAACGAAUUGUAAGUAGUUGUUAUAAUCUGCCAUUGGGGAGAUCCGAUCACAGGGAAUGGAAACGCGCAGGUUUAUGAUAUAUCCUUUUCCAUGGAGUGUUAGAGAAAACCAAUUCGUAUGUUUUUACACAUUUCAGGUUUGGAGCGGAAAUAGACGACUGUGGUUGGACUCCGAAUUGUCGUGGCUCAUUUCAGUGUUUACCGAAAACACGUACUCCUGGUAGGUGAACUUCCUCCGGAUCAAUAUCAGUAUCUGGGCAACUGCCCACCUACCCCUCCCCUAACCCAACAUUAACCCUAACUUGUUAUCAAUAAACUGUUGUUUGGUUAGAGGAGGGGUAGGUAGGCAGUUGCCCAGAUAUUGAUAUUGAUCCCUUCCUCCUACCUCAGGGAGCAGUCAUUCUUUAUCGUCUGGGAGGGAUCUCAUGCUUUUCAGGGGGAACGGAGAGGGGAUUAGUUGCCACUGACAAAGAAUUAAUGGGGGGGCGGGUAUAAUAAAUUGAUUGCAAGUGACGCAGGGGGGGAAUCAUUAGAAAACUACAGAGCCUUAGAGGGAUCAGGUCAAUUUUAUUGCGACACAACCAAAAUCCUUCGAUCGCCCCAGGUGGUAUAUGAUGACGGAUCCUUCAUGUCAUAUGUCAGCCGUUUGAUCCUAUAACACUAAAAAAGGAUGAUAAAAAGUUAAAAAUUAUAUUGAGUUAUUUACUCACCAAAAUUGGUUUCAAAGUGACACGAUAAAAGUGAAACUAAACAAGACUCGCAAUGCAAUAAUCUAAUUUCUUACAGAAACUUUCAGAACUGUUAAAGAAUCUCAAUAAGCUAAUUAAAAACAAGUUUAAUUUUAUUUGUAUCUAUAUGUAGCAGUGAAUAUGUCAAAAGUCUCCUAAAUGCAGACUGGUCAAAUAUCAAAGUACAACCUUUAAGUAUAAAAACUUUGCUACACUCAACCCCUUGUUUUCUCUCCAGGCUCCCACACGGCUUCUUAUUUGGUUUCACUACUUGGAAGGUCAAAAGUGAAUAAGGACUUGUGGCGCGUAGAUGGAAAUCAAGAGUUAUAUCUCUAUCAAACACAUUCAGGUAUCCUUGUAAAGUAAUAAAUAGUUCUAGCCCGUAGUCCAUUUGAAAAAAAUAUGGGUAUGUUUUUUAGUAAGACAAUCAAUCCACUGUUAAAUACGUGUUAUGGAUAAAGGCAACGAGGUUGCGAGACCCUCGAGGGGUGUCCACUUCUGUUAUCAAACGCAUGCCGAUUAAUCAAUUGUUAAUUGUGUCAUUUUGAUCUUCUUCCUUCAGAUAUUCAAAGCAUCUCGCCGUCUUCUGGUAGUCUUCUAGGCGGGACCGUUAUAACAAUUGGAGGAGUAGGUUUUAGCGACAUCGCCAAAAACGUCAAAGUUUUUGUUGCAGGUAUUUUGUCAUUGUAAAAUUAAAACACAGGCUGAUGAAAAACUAGAAUACAAGAAUCUAGCAUAAAAUUGAAAGGACCGAAAAUGAUUUAAUUUUUCAAGUGAUCUUAGAAAAUAUCUUGGACACCGAAUUGAUGAAAAGUUGAUGUUCCCAGCCUCUCUCUAAGGAAAAGUUUAGGAUAAAAACCUUUAAACCAUAAAUUAUGUUUAUCACUUGCAAUUUUGAUAAAAAAUUCAGACGUUUUCUCAACUUGGACCUAAUUCUCAAUUUUUUUAUUUGUUGAGAAGGAGUUGAAUGUGAAGUUUUAUCGUCGAGUUUGACGCAGAUCAAGUGCCGAACAGGAGCAAGAAAGGAAGUAAGAAGCAACUACCCAGGUAUGUAGCUACAAAAUGAAGGGCAGUACUGCAUAAUAAACAGAAUUCAGGAAAAAUUAUUAACUUGAACAACUCACAAAUUACAAGGGCAUUCUUAAAUUGAAAGUUACUUCAUUCAGUUCGUUGGAUUUUCUGAAGCUCUUUUUCAACAAUUUAAAACUUGCUUUGCUUUUAUUUCGCAGUGAAAGCUGCACGCAGGUUUCUUUUCAGGUUUAAUGAGUAGAUCUUGAAGACAGUCGGUGGAGAAGCUUAAGUUGUUAUUGACAAUAUUUUCCCUACCUGUCAGGGUCUCGUGGUCUGCUUCGUGAAAUCUGGACCGCAACCGUGAAGUCCAACUUACCAGACAUUGCUACCCUUGAAUCGUCUGCCGCUGACUAUCACUUUGAGUACUUGACUGAAAGUAGCUUACCGGAAAUUGUGUCCUGGGAAAGAACUUCCGGUUAUAGCGCCAGGGUGACUGGUUAUUUCGUGCCGUUUCAAGAUGACGUGUAUAGGUUCGGUAUCCUAUCAGAUGACGCCAGCGAGUUAUAUCUUAGUUUGACAGGGGACCCCACUGACAAGGUAUUGCACUCAUCACCAUUGUGCUGUUCUUUCUUGGAUACUUAGUUUGUUUUCAAACAAUUUAUUGGCUGGCCAGAAAAAAAAAUUCAAAAAAACGACGUGCUAAUAUGUAUUUCACGGUCACUUUGCCCAAUCAUUUAGUUUGCGUUAUUCGGUGAACAGCAGAACAUUUAUAAAGAUGAUAAUCCUUUAAAAAUCCUGUACCAAAAUCCCUUAACCCCUCCUGUGGUAGAUCGGACGUUUUUUGCAUUUCAGCGUCAGGAGCAACAGCAGCUUGUUGCCAUCACUUUACCGCGUUCGCACACCUUACCUUGGUCAUUAUGGAACAGCCCUGAGCGUUGCUGUUGGGUUCCCACAUGAAAAUAAUGAGACUCUGCAUAUCUUAUCCAUUAUUUCUUUAGACGAAGAUUGCGAGUUGUUCAUCAGCAACAAGUAACUGGAACAGUAACAGCGUACAGGAGUCUGAACCGAUCUCAUUGGAGGCAGGCAAGCAGUACUAUAUUGAGGCAUACCACAAUGACUAUAGUGGUGGCCAUCACAUGAAAAUCCGAGUAGGCAUGGAGAAGACUCAACACACCAACGCUGAAGUUAGUGCUGCAAGAGAUGCAAAACAAAAAAUUAGGAUCAGUUCGUCUGUGCUCUGGGAUAAACAGGUUUGACCAGUCUUUCAGUUCGAGCAUGUGGGAUUGGGAUGGUAUUUUGCGUAUAGUAAAUGUUUUUAGGCGAAAAAAAGAAAAUAAGAGACAAAUGUUUUUUUUUUUUUUUAUUCUUUCGGGGAAAGAUCUAAUAGAAGUUGCUUUGGUUUUUUAAGAUUUUAGCGACUAAAACUCUUCAUUCUCAAGCUACGAGAGCGAAUUCCAUGGAAGGGGUGAACAAUUCUUGUCAGCACUUUUCUUUCUUGGUUGGUGCCAAGAAUUAUUUGUUGGUUUUAUUUAGGCAGAAUGCCUUAAUAAGAAUUUUUCGAUAUUUAUAACUUCUUUCACUACCGCUCUUUCCGCAUGAAAUUGUUUCACAAAUAUCCCUGAACUUUUUAAAAUCUUCUUUUAGAUUUUGGACUUCACUACCUGGAACGAAGAUGAGAGAGUUUGCGAAGUGCAACGCCUUUCUCUUCAGCCAUUGCAGUGCGUGGAAACUAACAUCACAUCUUGUAACAAUACUAGUGAUAACUUCACGUUGUCCUACCUUAAUGAGAGGAUAACUUUGUCCUUAAAAGACACCAGUAGCUCGAUACUGGCGCAAAGAUUGAAUGAACUGAAUGUCUUUAAGGACCGGGGUAAAAUUAACGUCACUGCUGCUAAUGUGACGGAAGGAAAUGCCACAGUGUUCGUCAUUUGGUUCUGCUUCAAAGAUCCGCGAGGAAUCGAACUGUUGAACGGAACUGCACAAAGUGACCAAACCCUGGACUUAAGUAUAACUCGCGACGUGAAGGGACAGUCCGCCAAAGAUUUUCAGCUUUUUAUUGGUGGUGUACCAUCCAUUGUUUUGAAGCCAAGUUCCAGUAUUGAUAAGAUCGAGAAAGCUCUUAAACGCUGGUUCUCUGUUGAAUGCGAAGAAUCUUCCUUGGGUAAGUUAACAAAAAGCUUCUUUACGUUCUUCAUAGCUAUUAAAAAUCUAGGGAGCUACAUUUCAAGAGUUAGGGGAAAAUUCUAGAGUCAAAUUCGUAAAGAUUGAGAGUUACACUAACGAUUGCACGCAGUUACUUGUACAAGUCCAAAAAGAACCAACAGUGGUAAAAAAAAUGUUGAAAAAUUUUACAAACCCAGAACUUUAACUCAUCUGUUUCAUAUUAACUGAACUUCCUGUUUCUUGCUCUCUCGAAUUUUUAGCCGGGCGUAUCUUUUAUAAAGACUACGAGGGAGACAAUAUUUUCGGAGGUGAGACUGGUGAAAGAGUUUCCGAUAUGCAAGCGUUUUGCGGAAGAAAGGCCUUAAAGAAUCCAUCAAUUCUAUGGAAAGCUGAUUACUCGGCAUAUUUGAAUGACUUCCUUCAAAGUGCAUAUCCAGUCUCUAGGUACAAAUGGGUAAGUUCAAUAUUGACGUAAAAUCCUUUUCAAUACACGAUUGCCGAAGUACUUUUGUACAUUUGUUUAAAUCCUUACUUGAGUAAACAGCUAGUAAACUAAUAGUUUACACUGGAACCAGCAACGUAAACCGACUACCACAAGUACCUCAAGGCACUUCGUGACCAUAAAAGGAAAAAAAAGUAAAAACAUAAGAGUUAUAGUAGCUUACACAACGUAAUGAAUAUUACAGCAUGAAAGUCUUGCUUGUAGCUUUGAGUUGAAGGGCCUGGCACUAGGCUGCUCUGCGUAUCAUAUUACAAGGCUACAAUUAAGUUAUGUCUGAAUGGCCUACAUUCUGCAUGAACAAAACCAAUUAAUGAGAGAUUUAGUUAUUUAGUUACCGCGCAUAUCAUACAAAGUCAUGUCAGGAUAGAAAACAGUUUUAAAUGAGCCAAUAAAGGUUACUUAAUUAUAAGUCCCCCUAAUGAGUUGACAAGUCUUCUUGAUUCUCAUCUUUCCUCCAUUUAGUUUUGCUUCGCCUACAAAGGGCCUAUAAAAGAGCAAGUGAGCUUUCGAGUGAAAUACCGAGAUAGUGAUAAUGAAGAGAGAUACUCGACACGCUUGUACAGCUUUAUUAGAAGCUCCGCGCAUCUCUCUAUCUGGGGAUUUUCAUGUAUAGAUGUCUGGUCAAAGAUCAACGAGGACUUUGGAGAUCAGGCAAUGAGUGUCGAAAUGUACAGAAUUGAAAUCAGCCGCCUUGAUGGAUUUGACGAAGAUGUGUUCGUGGAUAAUGUGUGGAUUGGUAAAAAUCAACUAUUAGGUAAAGUUUUAAACUAAAGUUUAUGAAUUUAGUGGAAGGAGCUAAGGAGGGAUAUAGGAAGAUGAAAUUUCACUUUGAAGUUCGCAUUUUGCCUGAUGUGUGUGAUGACAUGGGGGAUGAAUUUUAAAAGCUCUAUGUGUGGAAAAAAAUCAUUGAAACGCGGGCUAACUGUUCACUUUCUAUCUUACUAUGCGCGCGCCAACCAGGAAAAAAACGCACCUGUUGUUGCAAGUAUAUAAAAUGCCAUGGGAAAAAUCCAACUUGCCAUUCACUUUCCAACUUUCAGAUUUGGAUUGUUUUCAGUGUUUAAAUAUUAAAAUUAACAUUAAAAUGUAAAUUACUGAAAUAGUGGACGUUGUUUGUUGUUUCAUGUAUCCAUUUUUUUCAGUGAGACCGGUGAGCAGUGGCGCCAUGCCCAAUGGUUUUAUCAUCAAGGACUACAAAAUAGAGAAGACUACAGAGACGAACUGGACUAUCUCCCUCCUCCCUGCAAAUUGCGGCUCCCCUAUGCCGCUCUUUUCCGUUGUAGAGCACACCGGGAAUGAGAACGGUAGCCCUGAUGAUGUCACCUAUACUACGCCGGGCCUCAACUCCAGUGUCCGAGUAAGAAGGGUCCAAGAAGCCUCACCUCCAAUAGAAGGAAUGUUUGACAUCGAGUAUAGAGGAAAUGUCAUUAAGGGUGAGUGGUUUUCCGAAAAAAAAAACUCUCAUAUCAUGGCAAAAAUAGCUCGAGGAAACUCUUUAUGAGACAGCGGACAAAAAUUAAGUCAAAUUUGGCACAAUUUUUUUACGAGCGGGCAUCAUAUAUUAUGAGAUAGUAAACGCUUGGAGUGGGAGGUGUCAUUGUCCCAUUUGUCCCAAGCGCGAGUGGAAAUGAAUAACAGAGACUUUUUUUUAUCAUCUCUGUAAGUCUCAAGACGGUUGCUAAAAGAACAUAAUGUGCCCUGUUUAACACCCAACACCGUUAUUUAUCAAAUUCUAUUCUAGAGCAUUAGUGACUGUUAUCCGAUCAAGAGUGUCAUAUUUUUACCUGGUAAUUUAAUGUCAACAACUGGGUUGAAAACGUAAAUUAGCCACCGUAAAGGGUAAAAAAGCUGACGUUUCGAGCGUUAGCCCUUCGUCAGAGCGAUGACGAAGGGCUAACGCUCGAAACGUCAGCUUUUUUACCCUUUACGGUGGCUAAUUUACGUUUUUAACCCAGUUGUUAACACUAAAUUACCUGCUAUACUCUCCCACCGACGCAGCACCACAAUUUCUUUAGAAACUUACCCCUUUAUGUAUUUUUACCUGCACUGUUUAUGAUUUUGUAGACAUUCCAGUCAACAUAACUGCAAUGCGACUCCAAGAUCUUUUGGAGCAGGAGUUUGAGGAAGGUAUAAUUGAAGUUGAACGAUCUGGGCACUGUGCAGAAUUUGAAUGGACUUUUACAUGGAAGAGUCACGGAGGUAAUCAUCCUGAAGUCAAGGUCAACGACAGCAAACUCACUGGUGUGCAAGUCACCACAACAGUGACUACCAUUCAAGAUGGCGGCUUAUUUAUGGAUCCAAUCCCUGGUGAAUUCUUGCGAGUGCCGUCGAACCAAACUCAGGUAGAGAUCAGCAAGUCGUUGAAUAACAAAAUAACAUGGAAAAAAAACACGAUAGUUAUGCCGUCGUGGCAAAUCUGGCAUCUUUAUAUUUCCCUUUCCUUAACCCCCCCGCCUCUGUUUCAUUUAUCCAAUGAUUCCUCAAAUCCUUCUUUUCUUCGUCUAUCUCUGCCCACCAUAUGUAGUUUCUUCUUCGGCUCCCCGUCUAUUUGUCGUUAUCUAUUCUUCCCUCUGGUUCGUUUUCCAUCGUUUCUAAUUGCUUGCUGGUUCUCUAGCUCGGAAUUUUCCUCCUCUCUCCACAGUGAUAAUAAUGAUGGAAAUGGACAAUUUUCUAAAAGAACGCUCAUGUAUAUUUCAUCACAGAUUCCGUGCUAUGUUUCCUUGUUAAAUCCCUCCAUCUAUCCCUGCUUAGUUCUGUCUCCUCUUUUCUUGUUAGAUUCGUCCAACUUCAGCGGUUCCUCUCUUUUCGCCCAUGCGUUCAUUUAUUAUUUUUAUUUACUCAGGUUGUGGUCGUGGUGAACGAAAUCACAGGAUCGUGUUCGAGCAACAACUGCACUUUUGAGUAUUCCGCAGACCAAACGCCGACGCUGACGUCCAUAUCACCGGACUCUGGUCCCGGCGGUCCCGAUGGCACCGGGACAGAAAUCACUUUGGGUGGCACAGGAUUCUCCUCUGACAAUGACGACAAUAUUGUAACGAUAGGUGGCUCCACCUGUGUCAUCAUCAGCAGCAGUGCUGGCAGCAUAACAUGUCGAGCAGGUAGAUAUCCUUGUGGUUAUUUAUUACUCAGCCCCUUAUCUUUGUAUUUAUCUACUUGUUAAACAUGAAAUAUAUAGAUUUCAUUGUAAUGCUUAUUGGCCUUUUUAUAAGUAUAGUAUGAUGAAGUGCACCUGCUUCCUGUUUUAAACAUUCUCUUGUUUAAAUUCUUAGCAUUUUUUUCAACUUUAAUAAGCCUCUCCUACAUUGUCUUUCGGAUAUACGCUUGCUCAAUCAGAAAAUGUCAAGCCUACUUUCUCAAGUGGUCAGUUCCCUUCAUUGCGUUACUUACUUGUGACACAUCACUUUUCACGUACCUUUGUGCUUCAAACAGGUGCAGUUAGCUUUUUCAGUUAGAAGCGUGACGUCAGGUGCCAAUCUUAGAUUCAAAUUUUCAUUCUGAAAUCCUGUCUAUCUUUUUAACCCCACAGACUAUGGGCCCGGAGGAAAACACUUAGUUGAGGUCCUAGUCAAAGGCAAAGGUCUUGCAGACAACACUCAGCUACUUAACUUUACCUACGUCAUUAGUGCUACGGCAGUUAAUCCGUCCAGUGGCAGUAAAGCCGGUGGACAGGUGAUCACCAUUUCUGGCAGUGGCUUCGGAUAUAAGAAAGAAAAUGCGUCAGUAUCGCUUGACGGUUCCCCCUGUGAUAUUCUUACCAUCACAAUGUCCCAGAUCACAUGUAGAACCUCUGCACAUUCAGCGGGAAUAGUUUCUGUAGACAUUUCAGUCGAUGACAGUUCUGUCACUGCUUCAGGUACAUUUGAAUACGACUCGUCUCUCACCAUUGACGUCACCAGCGUAAGCCCACUUCAAGGCAGUGUCAGCGGAGGAGAGAUAAUUACCAUUUCUGGUUCCGGUUUUUUGAACGAGACCAGCGUGCAAGUAGGAGAUCAAAAUUGCGCGAUUCAGUCCCGUAUUGGGGUAGAAAUCACUUGCCUUGUUCCACCUCAUGCUCCAGGAAAGUUUGCCAUUCGGCUUUUCACACCAGGAAAAGGUUUUGCGUCGAUCCCUACCGCAUACAGCACUUACGAAUACCUACUCGAGGUCCAUUCUAUUUUCCCUCUGAUUGGCUCGGUUGCAGGCGGAACACACGUUACUAUAACCGGAAGAGGCUUUGGGUUUAACGUGUCACGUGCUGUCGUUACCGUACAAGGCAGACCAUGUCGAGUCGUGUCAUGCAAUGAUACGCAUGUUGUAUGUGAAACAACAAAUAUUUUUCAAACUGCGGAAGUCGACAACAGUGGACGUCAUCCGGGUUAGUUUACUAUCUUUAUUUUAGCAGCAAAACCCUGACCAGUUUUUAGAACCCCUAUCAACCAUUUCACGAAGCCUGUGGUGUAUAAAAUGAAACAACUACAUACGCAGCUGUCCCUUUUUUGUAUAGCCUGCAGAUAAGGCGUAAUUUUGGCGAGCGAGUGCUUUUGUUAGCGAAAAUUAUGGCCGUUACCUUUGAUUUAAUGGUAGCGGAAGGCUGGGGAGAGAAAGAAAUUUGUACCUGGGUGAUAAGCGACGGUCAAAAAUGCCCCUGCCCACAUCCCCAAAUCAAACAUAACCGGUUGAAUAAACGAUCGCGAGCUUUUCAACGCUAAUUCAUCCAAUAAGACGCCUGCAAUGCAGGCUAUUUUUUGUAGCAAGAGGUUCCAAGUUUUUUAAAGCGAGAUGACUUUGAAUGGAGAUUAUUUACUUGCAGAUUCCUUUUCGGAAUGAUAACCAACGAAUAAUCCUUGCAAGCAUGUUGUAUUGACACAAGCCUAUUUUUUUCGUGUCUUCUUUCUUCAGAGUUUGGACUUGGAUAUGAAUGGUCACCGAAACACGUGACUUGUUACCAAGGCGACACAGUGAAGGUAACUUGAGAUGAGAUACUGAUGAAUCAAUGGCAUGCACGGCUGUUUGUAGACAGGUUGUCGGUGAAAAGAGUAAAAGUGCAUAUGAUAUCCCCGAAAAGAAGUUUUCAGUUCAAAGUUCCUUAACCUCAGAAUUUCAGGGAAAUUUUCAAAAAUGUUCUUGUAAGGUGGAGGCAUCGCGGGCUUGAUGAAUUUACUCAUUUAUUUGACUUAUCAGAAUUCAUUGAUUACCGAAUAUCCAGAUUACCUUUCGCGAUUAUCCAGUGCACUUUCGCCCUUUUUCCCAAAAAUUUCCUACGAACAUGUGUAUCUCUGUACAGCUGUUUUACCUUGAGAACUUUUUAGCAUUCACCCAUUACCAGUAAUUCAUUUGUAGAAACAGAAAGCCUUCCCUUUCUGCGUGACCUUGCUAACCAACCGAAUCCUCAUACUAAGCUAAAAAAUGCGAUUUAACAUUGUCAUAAUAUGUUGUGAUGUUCACUUUCCCUCAUUUAUUUAUUCAUCUACUUUUUCAUAUAUUCACUUGCUUGUACCUAUUUUUUGGUCAAUAGUGGAGUUGGGCCGGUCAGGAACUUUCCAAGGCUGUAUUCAACGUCUUUCAAACGAGAGAUUCUUCCUCAGUUCAGUACGAUGGGUCAGGUUUUCAUAGCAAUGCUCUCUCCAAGACUGGAAGUUUCAGUCAUAGGUAAUUGAAAUGUUCCGAUGAUUUAGAAAAGAAAAGGAAAAAAUGGCUGAAAACAUUCCGUUUUGAUCUGCCAUAUCUAACGAUAGAGUAAACUUCUUGUGUCGCAGCAGUUGAACAAAUCUCUCGUUUUGAUCAUCGCAAAAAAAAAAUUAAGCCAAUCUCCAAGGGUCGUCUAUUCUUGCAUUAAGAGAUCAGGAGAAGAUGGAAAAGUAAAGAAAAAAAUGGAAUUGAGCCGCUGUGAAAAUUGUGAUCUAAUGACUCGACGAUCAGGAAUAGCCUAGUUCCUUUUUUGUAUCAUGUUAAUCUACUGAUUCUGAUAACCGUACAUUCCUUGCUCAUGUUGAGAGCGUCGAGUAUUUGUUGAACUGGCAAAUAAUAACAAAAAAUAAACAUCGUAAAUUCAUUGGUAUUAGCAAUAAUUUUGUACAUUCCCUUCAUAGGUUCUUGGGCACAGGAGUGUACUUCUAUGCCGGAAGCGGAUCUGUCACUAUGAAAGGCAUUGUCAAGGUUCUGUCAUUCAGAACUCAGAGCGGACCAAUAAAAUUCGUACUUGAUGGUAAGAAGAAUUCUGCCUCACAUAUGAAGCAGAAAUCAAAUCAGUGUUUAAGUUGACCGCGACCCUCUCAGCACACAGUGUGGUAUGUUUGGGUGCUUUGAAGGAAGGCAAAUAAUUCGCCUCUUUUUCUAGGUUGGGUUAUUCAAAGCUGGGUUUAGAUAACCCAGGGGUAUUGUGAAAUCUUAUUAAGAAAAAAAUUCAUUGUAAUUCUUUUUGUCCAGAAUUUGAUUGGAAGCUCUGACAAGAAUAGUGACGAUUAUUUAGAAAAGAUUUUGAAAGAAGGAGUAAAGAAACCUGGGUUAAAAUUCAACCUUGGGUUGGCGCUAAUCUGCUUCGGGACAACUGGGCCCUAUUCUCUUUCCACUUUACUGUACAGAAACAAUCACUCGAGUGAAAUAAAUUUUUUUAAAUUUUAUCUAGGUUUUGAAGCAAUGUAUAAUUUAACCUCAUCUUCAGUCCCCUCUACGACAUGCGAGUCUGGGAGGACAGAUAGUUUUCCAGAGUGCAAUUCCUCUCAGGCAGCUCAGAACCCUGGAGACGAUGGCUAUUACUUUACUUACUCAGAAUGCAGCACGCCCAAGGUGUCCUCGGUGACGCCCUCCAAUGGCACGAGCAACACGAUAAUAACAAUAAAUGGACGUGGUUUUAGCAACGACUCGUGCCACAACAAAGUAAAGUUUGGCUCUCAUGUCUGUGAUGUGAUUUCAUCUAGCGAGACAGAGAUCACUUGCAAACUAAACACAGCGAGUUUUCCCGUUGCUGGUGUACCACUCGAUGUAUCUGUUAGGGUACUAAACCGCGGCUACGCUUUUGUCAGGGCAGAUGUAGGUGAAGCAACUCACUUUGUGUUGAAGCCGACCGUUACGGCCCUCUCACCAAAGACCGGGUCUCAAGCGGGAGGCACACAGCUCACGAUAACAGGCGAUGGAUUUAGUAACACUAACAACAACAAUAUUGUUCUUAUAGGCUCAACAGAAUGUUAUGUUAUAACUGCAUCAUUUGAUAAAAUAGUCUGUACGACCCGAGCAAGUACUGAAGAAGCACAACUAGUCUCAGUGACAAACAAUGGUGAGACAAGUGUGUGCGUUGCCGCUGACCUUACGGACUGCAAGUACACGUUUGAAGCUGAUAGAACACCAGUAGUAACUAUGGCGACUCCUGCUAAAAUAAUCAGCCCAGGGACAGAAUUUCGCUUCCAGAUGUCACAGCCUCCGUCUAGAGCUCUAGACGUGACGGUUACAAUAGGAUAUGAAGAUUGUGGUGUAACAGAAGUCGCGUCACAACUAGUUAAGUGUGUUCUUCCCGGAAUCGUCUUUGGAAAUCACACAGUGACUCUUCAUGAACCCGGAAAAGGAUUCGCCCAGUUCAAUGGUGCUCAAGACUUAAUUGUAAGUGAGGCGAUCGUGUCAAGUGUUACCCCGACACAAAGUAGCCAAAAUGGAGGCCUAACCAUCACGAUAACAGGAAAUGGGUUUAAUCCGACACCAGGCAGAACUAGCGUCGCCAUUGGAGGAGAAAUAUGCGAGAUAGUCACGGUAACGUAUGGGGAAAUCCAGUGCGUGACACCACCUCAUUCUUCCAGUAACGCAGUAACCCUUCAAGUCACCGUCGAGUCUGAAGGUACCUCACUGGAUUUUCCGCCAAAAGACAUUGCAUAUACUGGGGACGCUACCCCUGUACUGAUUUCCCUUUCAACAUCCACUGGGAAAGGUGGCGAUAUCUUGACCAUCUACGGGAGUGGCCUGGAUGCCUCGCCCCCUGGCAGCGCGGUCCAAGUCCACAUUGGAGAUGUACCAUGCGCAGUGAUUAACUCGGAAGAAGGAAGUGUAGAGUGUACGCUGGCAGCUCACGCUGCUGGCUCAUACGAUGUCGACGUGCUGGUUCCGGGAAAAGGACGAGCGUCAUCUGGGCUUUCCUUCACGUACAGUCUACAUUUAGCGAGUGUCACCCCUAAUGAAAGCGGCUACGGAGGUGGACGAGUUCUUGUUUUCCAAGGUUAUGGCUUUGAUCCAUCUGCACAAGUAAGAAUCUGUGGGAACGUGUGUAUUCUUUCUCCGACCCACGUCACGACAACCACGGAAUUGGCCUGCGAAGCACCAAGUCAUGUUUUGGACGUUACUGAUACAAUAUGCAACAUAAAAAUGGCUUUGAACGAUUUAAGUUCGAACAUUGGCAGGGGAUUUACUUACAAAGUGGCAUUGACCUCCCAAAUAGCUUCUGUCACUCCAUCCCGUGGAGGAACAGGUGGAGGAACCACGCUCACAAUACAAGGCUCAGGAUUCAGUAAUACCCAAAGCGACAAUGUUGUCACCAUAGAUGGCACUGAAUGCACGGUUACUUUCGCAAAUUCCACAGUCAUCCUUUGCAAAACUGGACCUCAUAGCAAGACCAUUGAGACUAAAGUUCGAGUGGAGGUUGGAAACAAUGGGAAGGCAAUAGAUGAAGCAGCAUAUUUCUUCUACGUCGACGUAUGGUCAUCGCAAUUUACAUGGGGCUACAAUAACCCCCCUGAAGCAGGUAACGUGUCAUUUAUUCGACGGAUUGACUUGGGCCGGAGUUCUAGAAUACAUCUCAAGAUCGGUGUCAAUGUUUUGCAUGGGUUUGUAGCUUCGCGGAAAGUAUUUUUUUCUUAUAAUUGUCUUCCUUCAUUCAAACCUCACAGAGAGCAUGAUAAGACCUUUCAUGAGAGACAAACUAUCUGCGUACAUAAAUGCAAAUUCCCGUUGGUAAUUGAGAUAAAAUUUCAGCCGUAUUUUCAGAGUUUAAACGGCAUUGUGAGGCUUACCUUACCAAGUGGGUAACUGGGACCGGAAAAUAAGAUGUUUAACCAUGGGAAAUGGUGUAGGUUAGGCCUUCUUGAAUUCUCUGACAGCCUCUUAGGCUUCAUCUUGGCCGCUUGGUUAAGCAGUGGUAAAGGGUAUAUUGUUAAAGAAGCUUAUGAAUGAUCCAUGAUGGAUCCCUAGCUUACUCAUUGCAAUUAAUAAUUCAUAGGUACUUUCGUGACAAUAAAGAAGGGACAGACGAUUUUGUUAGAUCAAGACACACCGGUUCUAAAGUUUCUUCUGAUACAAGGAGGUGCACUAAUAUUCGACAUGGAAAAGCCUUCUCUUCACUUGCAAGCAGAAAGCAUACUUAUCACCGAUGGUGGAUGCCUCCAAGUAGGUACUGAAGACGACCCAUUUCCGGGCCAGGCACUUAUCACUCUGCACGGCCAUGUUCGUUCAAGAGAGAUGCCUGUGUUUGGCACCAAGACCAUUGCGCUACGCGAAGGAAAGCUUGAUCUUCAUGGGCUACAUGUCCCAAUCACGUGGACACAUCUAAGCUCCACGGCGGAGGUUGGCGCAACCCGACUUCAUCUUGUCAAACAGGUCACAUGGAAACCAGGUGAUCAGAUCAUUCUAGCACCAACUGGAAAAUCGCAGCGCGAGUUUGAAGAGCUUACCAUCACAGCCGUUCUCAACGAUAACUACACCUUGGAAGUUUCGCCACCGCUGAAGUACAAACACAUUUCUAUAGUCCAGACGUUCGAUAAUAUUCAUGUAGUGGAGACGCGUGCAGAGGUGGGUUUACUGACGCGAAACGUGAGGGUUCGAGGCUCAGUACACUCCGCAUGGACAGAAAAAAUCGAAGCUUGCGAAGACGAAUUUAGACCAGGACAGUUUCAGACCCAGACAUGCUUCCAAGGAAAAUUUGGCGAAGAAGUUGGAAGCGAUGAAUUUGGUGUACAGAUCAUGAUUCAUGCUCCAGAGGAAAGUAAGAACUUGGUGACAGCCAGGUUUAGUUACGCAGAAAUCUCACAUGCAGGACAAGCAUUUCGUCUUGGUCGCUAUCCGAUACAUUUUCAUCUCAGUGGCGACGUCUCAGGUUCAUAUGUUCGCGGCUGCGCAAUACAUCACAGCUUCAACCGUGCCAUUACAAUGCAUGGCAUUCACAACCUUCAUGUUAGCCAUAAUGUUGUAUUUAAUGUCCGCGGGAAUUGCUUCUUCAUGGAAGACGGCAUAGAAACUGGUAACGUGGUCGAAUACAAUUUGGGUAUAUUUGUUAUUGCCUCCACAUCUGCUUUGAAUGUCGACAUAACUCCAGCAACUUACUGGGUAACGAAUGCCAACAACACCGUACGUCAUAAUGCAGCCGCAGGAGGAAGCCAUUUUGGUUUUUGGUAUCAGAUGUUUGAGCACCCAGACGGCCCGUCUUUUAGACCAGAUUACUGUCCGAGAAAUGUCUUCAUGCUCGAGUUUUUUAACAACUCUGCUCAUUCGUUUGGACGCUAUGGGUUGUGGAUUUUUCCGGUUUAUCAUCCCAUGGAAGGAGGAGGCUGUAAAUCAAUUAUUGUCAAGCCUGCUGUGUUUGGCUCUUUUAUAGCCUACAACAACAUGCGUGGAGCAGAAGCCGUCAAAGUAGGAGCCGUUCAAAUGCACGAUUUUAAAAUGCUCGACAAUGAUAUCGCUGGUAUUGAAUACGUAUUCGUCGAUGUCGCCGAUGCUCCGAGAGGGGGUCCCAAGAUUAAAAAUGCACUUAUCGUCGGUCACAGCCAAGUGAGUGAAGGACUGGAAUUAAGAAUACGCAGCAACACACAUUGUACAACGUCAGGCUUAAAAUUACCACAGUUCUCCAAACUUGUUGUUGAUAACGUCACCUUCGUGAACUUCGACCGAGAAGGCUGUACUUGUUACAGCCUUUGCGCCCAGUGUGAAGAAUUUAAGAGGAAAGGCGGAUGGAGUACAUACGCGAUGAAAAAUCGUUUUGUGAACUCCCCACGCCGAAGUUCUUUCCGCUGGAGUCAUGAAUCGGUCAUAGUCGAUCUAGAUGGCACUCUGACUGGUUAUCCAAACGGAAGCGUCGUGCCACUAAACGCGAAUCUGCCACCAGGCCAUUGUUUCUAUUCUCCCCAGGAUAGCUACGGUCCUCACAAUGGAAGUGUCUGCGACUCUACCGUGAAAUUCAGGAGAUUUGCUUUUAAUAAGGCUGCACCAGAAUCUCUAAUGAGCAAAAACGUGUUGUUGGAAAACAGACAUGGGAUGGACGUGGUGCCUUUCUGUAUUAAGUGCACGACACAUCCUCAAGGCUGGGUCACGCUUUUGAUACUUGGCGAAGAAUACAACAUCACUUUUGAGAACGCUUGGCAGAUAACAAACAUCACCUAUAGCGGUAUGUUCUACGAUAUGGAAGAAAAUGACAAUAUUUGGAUAAAGCACCGGUUGGUACAAACGCCUGAUCAUUUCACUACUACUGGAGUUCAUCAAAAUAAAACAGACAUCACUCCGCCGGCGAACUCUCAACACGGGAGCUGGAGCUUUGUAAACGAGACCAAGGUGUUCACAUACAUUGCGUCAGGUAAGAAUAGUUCUCGUACACCAAAUGGCAACAUACUGCCCCGAGAUAUCACCGUGCGAGUUUAUCGUUGUUUUUAUGAGGAAUGUAUAGUACCGGUACCACCCCCUCCCCCUAAAGGAAGACCUGAAGAAGUCCGGCUUUGGUCCAAUGUGGAUGACUGGGAGGGCACUGAACCCAUGUAUGGCGGUUAUGGACGAAGGCUGCCGACCAACGGGAGUGACGUUAUGAUACAGUCUGACUGGUAUAUGGUGGCAGACAUAGAAUUGCCAUAUCUGAACCAACUGCUGAUAUAUGGAACACUAGAGAUAGAUGACAGACCUGGUAUGGUCCUAAAUGCGUCUAUUAUCUUUGUUACCGGAGGAUUGAUCGUAGGAUGGCCGGACCAGCCCUUUCUGUCGAAUUUCAUGAUCAGCCUCCAAGGCAACGUGUACAGUGAGGACCUUCCUUUGCGGGAUGUUAAUGUUGGAAGCAAGGCCCUUGCCGUAUUUGGAUUCUUAUGGAUGCACGGGCGGCCAAAAAGAGUGUAUUGGACUGAUUUGGCGGUUACUGCUGAAGCUGGAGAUCGUUCGGUGAUACUAUCCGAGUCCGUCGACUGGAUUGUUGGCGAUGAAAUUGUUAUUACCUCAACUACAGUUGAGCCACAGCAAACAGAGAAGUUCAUUAUAAAAGCCAUCUCACAGAACGGGAGAAAUUUGACUCUGGACAAAGCUCUCCAGUAUAAACACAUUGCCGAGACCCACACGGCGGGUAACUGGACUUAUACCUUAGCAGCAGAAGUGGGACUACUGACCAGAAAUCUCUUAGUGGAGGGAGCAAACAACCCAGCUGAUGCUUGGGACCAGUCGUUUGGAUGCAGAGUUCUGAUUGGCCGAACGGCAAUUGAAGGAAUAGAUUAUCGGGGCAGUGCCAGGAUUGAAAAUGUCGAGUUUAAACGCUGUGGACAGGAAGGCUGGGUUGAUGAUUACGAUCCCAGGUAAAAAGAACAAUCAAUAUGAAUAUUUUUCCGGGUUUUGAGCUUGUAAUAUGCUUUAACUUAUGAUUUAGACAUUUUAUCUAUUGCAUGACUCCAGAAUUUAGGAUAGAAUGAAAAUCAAAGAGAGAAGGAAAAUAGAAAGGAUCAUUUAUGAAUGAUAACAUAUCAAAGGGAAACAUGAAUUACAGAUAAAGAACAAUAAUUUUGAAUAUUUAUCAUUAUCCUCUUUAAGUUUCUGUUUUAAGGGGAUGAUACAGAGGCAUGUUUUUCAAAUUCUUAAAUUAAAUACAUGCUCAAUGCAAAAAAUUUAUGUAAAAGAAUAAUUUUGGAGCUCAAUAGUUUCAAACUUAGCACAGCAAUCUAUCAGAGUAAUUGCGACCCCAAGAGGCCCUGAUCGUUUUCCUUCCGGUUCUCAAAUAGCCACCUCCUUUUCAUUAGCUUGCCAACCAGGGGUUAGGAGUUGAGUCGUAAUCGUGAGUCAUGAAUUCUCAGGUUACAAAUCGUUUCUCUUUUUCUCAGAUUUGCUUUAGCAUUUCUCAAUACCGGCGACGUGGAAGGGAAUACCUCAUAUGUUAGUGGAAAUUCAUUUCACGAUGGUUUCAACACUGGUAUCGGUGUGUUCAGGACCAAUAACUUGACAAUUAAGGACAAUAUUGUCCACCACACAGUCGGCCCUUCGAUAAGAGUAAUAGGCAAGUUUGUCAGUUUACUACGAAAUCUGGCAGUUUAUUCUCUCUCAAUACACACGUACAACGGAAGAAAGGAUAAAUCAAACCUGCAAUGGCCAGGAGCAAUAGAGGUAGACCAAGCCAAAGACGUCAUCUUGAUCAACAACACAGUGGCUGGGAGUGAACGGUUUGGAUUUAAAAUUAGUGGUGAGAAGUGUUCGGAUGGUCCAGGAAUAUCUGUGGGGAACGAGGUACACGGUGCCUGGCAUGGAAUGCAUUUGCCUUACGAAAUAGAAAUUGAGGGGUGUUCCAUGCUUUCUGGUUACAUGACUUGGAGAAAUUUCGACUAUGGUAUCUUCCUUUACGGUGAGCCCAGUGUUAUAAUAGACAACGUCAUUUCCGUGGAGAACACGGUGGGUAUGUUUCCUAAUGUGUGGGGUCCGCAUGCUCUGUCGCACCCGACUGCUGAUAAGUACGUUAUUGUGAGGAACACACUCAUCGUGGGCACGAGUCCUGGUUACGACUGUGUGCAUGACAGCAUCGUACCAUACGCCAGGCAACCAUAUGGCGGGAUUGGAGCUAAAAAGGCACCAGGAGGUAUGAGUUAUUUACUUAAACACAACGCUUAUGCCUUGCAUCUACCUUGAAAAUUUCACUUCAAUUUGACCAACGCUCCUUAAUUUAUACUCAAAAAUUUUGAUGAAGCUGUUUCCUGAUUUCACCUCGACGACCAGCAAACACUAAGGAUCAAGAAUCAAGACCCUAUUUUUAUUCCUUUCCUAAAAACAUAUCGUGACACCUCACACGUGCUGUUGGACGUAACUGGAGGAAAUAAAUAGCAUGACUUAGUUACUAUUUAUUCAGACUCUUAGACAGAAUAAAAAUAUUGGAUCUUUUACAUAGCGUUUACCUCCGGCUGGUAAGACGUCACACGUUAAGAAAUGUAUAAAGGAACUUAGAACCUUCACAUUCAUCAAGAAUACUACUAUUUUAUCUCUUGUCAGGCGGAAAAAUUGGAAUAACUACGUCGCAAUUUAGUUCAGCCCCUGCACGUGGACCGAUUAUGACGUGGGAAAGCCCUCAUGAUUAUUCAGCCGUCAAUGGCUAUACUCUGUAUCACGAGGUGACCUUCUUCGGUUUUCAAGAGACUUGCGGGAAGAGACAUCGAGCGAUCAUGUCAAACGAGUGGGCUGGAGACAUUAUACAUCCCAUGGAUGUGCGAGGUUUGUUUCUUCAAUGCAUAAUUUCGAAAUAAUUUCCCAAAUAGCCGCGACUGUAUCUUGAUCUAAGCCACUUUUGGGUUUGGAUAUAUUCGUAUUUAUCGUCCCAAAAAAUUCUUAUAAGUGUUACAAAUUGCAAGGCUCAGGACGUAGACAGCGAAUGAAGGAGAAAACAGCGGAGAAUAGUAGCAUAAGUAAAGAGAUGUUUUAAUUCAACAGGCCAGAUUCAAUUGCAAAAAUUUUCACUCACAUACACCUGGUUAACGCUACUGUGUGAUAAAUUAAGUCGCAAAAAUCUCUCUCGAUGAAGGAAGACUUACAGCAGAGGUUAAAGAACUGAGAAAGAUAAAUAUUUAGAGCCAAGAGUUAAAACAGACUGUAGCAGCCUGCACGUCAUAAAAUGAUUUGUCAGAUCUUUAAUCAUCCAUUUUCCCUUGAGUUUUCCCUAGCUUGCUGCCCUCUAACCCUACAAACUCUUGUUCUGGCUUGUGUCUCAUUGAACAACAAAAAUAUAUCACUAUAUUCCUUCGAAAAGUCUUUCUCUGAGCUCCACCAUGGUAUCACAUUUUUGUUUCCAAUGUUAAGCGUAUUGAUAACUGACUUCAUCUUCUAGGAUUACAUUUUAUAUCAGUUGACGAAGAAUCCAAGCUGCUACUAAACGAGCCAACACUUCGGUGGGUCAACCCAUCCGACUGCGUGGAUAUGGACUGUGACGCCAGGAGGCAAAUCCUUAUCCGAGAUCUUGAUGGUUCUUUCACAGGCGCUGUUGGGGGUUCGGUAAUCUCUAAGGCCGAGUACGAAUGGGACGGAGAUAAGCGAUACGGACUAGGUAUGUUGUACGUAUCACUUGCUUUACGUAGGCAAGAAAACUAAUUAUGCACGUCAAGUCUAAACAAAUUUGGUUCUCGUCGCCAGUUUAUGGUGACAUUGUUCUGUACUGAUUACAAACUUCACAUUUCGCACAGGUGAUUACCGCGUUCCGAAACCUGCUAUGACGUUGCCCGAUGGCACUAGACUUGAUAUGUCAGCCGUUGCUGCAAAUAAAGGAAUUGUUCGGGGCACACGUGAUCAUAACAUGUGCUCGUGGUAUGGUGACUGGAAUGCAUACAAGUGCAGUGACAUUGACUACAGGAUGUUAGUUAUUGAAAGUCUAGAUCCUGAUACGGAGACCAGACGAUUGUCACCAGUGGCGCUGAUUGCAAAUGGUUAUGUCAACCUUCUUAAUGGCCCUAUGGAUCACGGUUGGUGCUUGGGAUACACUUGCCAAGAAAGGAUUUCGACAUUUUACGGGAUAGUGGCGACUGGAACAAAUUACUCUCUGUACUUUACCAGUAAUGAGCCCCAGAAACUCAGGCUUCACCUUUUAAACAGUGAUUCCUCAGCUGCAGUCCGUGUUGGUAUAUUCUAUCAGAGACCUCAGAGACAGGAUGUGUACAGGGAAGGUAUGGUCCAUUUAUAUCUGUUAAAUUUAGGCGCUCAAAACAGGUAUUUCCGUGAUGUGACGAAAGAAAAGAAAAAGGGAUAACAACACUUUCUUUUUAUGAGUGCUCAACUUACAAUUGCCGUAGACCUUUCACAAAUGAGGAACACAAGGAUACAAUCACCUACAGAAAACUCUUAACGCUUAAAGCACAGGGGUUUAUUUGAGUUUGUUUUCCUUUUCAGGAAGAUUUAUAAAUCCAACAAACGCAAGGCUCCAAGGAUCAGAAUUCACUUUAAUUGACAAGCCCGCAAAUGCUCCUGAUGACUACUUUGAACCACCGCUGACCAGUAUUAGUGGUGCUAACUAUUACGAUCGUGAACUUGCCACUUUAUUUGUCGUUUUGCGCGGUUCCGAACCGGUGGACAUCAAUGUUAUGCCUGUCGUCAAGGUAACAGAUUUACUACCAUGAACGAAUUUAUUUUCUCAACUGUAGUCGUUUAUAAGGAUUUAUAUCGAACUGCAUCAUAGUCCUUAAAAUAAUUUUUAAAGUAAUUUUUGAGAGUAUGUUUCGCACCUCGAAUCGCGUGUUAUUAAUCAGAUCUCUGACGUUAAAAGUUUGACUCUCAUAACAGUGUUCAAAACCUUUUUGAAAAUUUAAAUUUCCAUGGGUAGGUACAAAUUGGAAUGAAGGCUGUCUCCAUUGAUGACUUUUUCAAAGUGAACUUGGUGAAUAACCUAGCUGAUCUGUUGGGUAUUGACAAAUCUCUCAUACGAGUGGUGAACAUUGUAAGCGCUGACGGCAACAGUCGGCGACGACGGCGAUCCGCUGGUGACAUUUCCGUGGAAAUUGAGAUCGCCGAUCCUCCUACGGCUUCAAAUACUUCAUCCUCAUCAAACUACACGGGUAUGAAAAGAAUGACAUCUUGGUACCCUUUUUCAUCUUUUGGAAACAUUUUUUAAGCAGUUAUAAUCUAUUUUUGCUAAGGGUAGUACUAUAAAAAUGUUACUGAGGUGUUCUGAAAAUUUUUUUGGAACUUUGAAAUUGGAAAGUUAAACCAUAGGGAUGAAAGGAGGAGUUUUUCCGACGCCAGAAAACAUUAUUUUCAUUCGGAUAAUCCUAAAUAAAACAAGAGCUUUACCCCCUAAGUUCAUGCUAGGAUUAGACUAUGGAUUUCUGCAUUCAUGUUCACUCGUGUGCAUUCCUAUGAAAAUUCAUAUCACCAAAAGUGUCAAUCGUAACAACUUUAUCCCUCUUAUAAGGACUCAUGUGUUUAACACGAUGUGGGCCCCGGUGAAGGUCUUAUUUAUCAUCAUAUCUGACUGAACCGACUUGUACUUUGUUAUAUAUCAUGUUUUGCAUAACCAUUCUUACAGCAGUUAACAAGACUACAUCCUAUGAUGAGCUUAAAGAGAUUGGAGACUCAGUAGUGGAGAACGUACAGACUGGGCAGCUUGCACGGCAACUGAACACUGAAAUCGUGUCGCUGGAUAUAACAGAUCCAAUCCCUGAGCCUGUUGACCCGACCGGAGGCAUUCGUGCUACCAAUGAGACUUGUAAGUUCUUGAUUAUGCCCUCUCCUUAUCGCAGCUUUUCGAAGGCCCAAUGUUUGAUCAGUGCUUCAUUUGGGCGUUGCUUGGGUUGCACUUUGAUUCAGCCGAAAGAGAGGUUUUGAAUUCUAACAUAUCCAGGGGGAAAUUUUCAGAGACUAGUCAAAAAUUAGUUUUGUCAAAAACUGUCCAACAGUGGCCUCAUCAUGACUUCUUCAACGUUAACGAUACAAGACGAGUAUUACACGGGCCAGCUACAAAAUGCCAUCUGAGCACUAUGCCAGCACUCGAUUGAAAAACAGCCCUAUUCAAAUGCGAUCUUCAUGUGUUUGUCUUUCAGAUCAACAAAAUAUAACGGGAAACUCCACACUUCGGUAUGACGUGGUCCAAGCUGAGAAGGAGGCAGAAGAAGCAAGUAACGUGUUUAGCUUCCUUAUUCCUUCUAGAUUAGAGGUAGUGACUGAGCCAAGCGGUGGGAACGAGACUGUACCGUUCACUUCACAGCCCAAACUCAAACUUGUCGACGUUGAUGGAAAGUUAGUGACAACCUUAGGGCAUGGUUCCCUAAGCAACUGGACUGUCAUGGCAACCAUACAGAAUGGCACCGGAGACUCCAUGGCGGUGUUAGAUGGAAAUGUGACUGUGACACUAGUUAAUGGAUGGGCGAAUUUUACCGAUUUAAGUAUCACUCACAACGGUUCUGACUACAAAUUAUUCUUCUAUGUCAACAAACCAGCAGCCUCUCACUUCAACGCUACUUCCCAGUCGUUUGAAGUCAAGGAGAGAAUCCUGUACUUUACGAUAACCACUCAACCCGACGACGCGAACGAAACAGUCAGUUUCGGACAGCAACCCAGAAUUGAAGUUCGAGAUUCAGCAAACGGUAAAAUUGUGGACAACACAGGCUGGAAACGACGUCGUUGGUUGUUCACUGCCUCACUGGCUAAUCUCACAGAUAAUGAUGGGCAUUUAAAUGGUACAACUGAAGUAGAGUUUGUCCAGGGUGUAGCUUUGUUUUCAAACCUCAGCAUCGACCUCUCUGGAGAAAACUACAUCCUAGCACUUAAGGCCAAAACUGAUCCAGCCUCAAGCUAUGCCUUUUCUAGUAAUUCCUCGGCAUUUAAUGUAUCUGAAAGAGUGCUUUAUCUCAAACUGGUCCAACAACCUAGUGACUGUAAUGACACAGUGAUCUGUGGCAGUCAGCCGAUUAUAGAAAUAAGGAAUGCGUUUCCAGACUCGCUGGUGGAUAACAUCGGUUGGAGAGGGAGAACUUGGUCGAUAAAUGCCACAAUGGUCGGUGCUGACAACUCUGUGGUCAACGGUACCACAUUAUUUCCAGUUGAAACCACAGGGCGCGUAGAGUUUCAAGAUUUGAGUUUCUUCGACACAGCUCAAGAACGUCAAAUGAAAUUCUCUGUCAUCACAGAACCAGCCUCAUCUUACUCAGGCCUGUCCGUAACCUCACAAACUUUCAACGUAAGCGCGCGGGAAUUCUACCUAGAAGUCAUCACACAGCCCGACAAAGCUAACCAAUCAGAAAUCUUUGGAGUUCCCCCAGUGGUGGAGAUACGCGACCUUGGAACACGCGCGCGUGGACACCCGCUGAAAGGUGACUGGUCCAUUUCUGCGUCACUCAAACCAUCGGCUUUGAAUGGAACAUUAAGUGGAGUACUAAACGUUACAGUGGAAAAAGAGAGAGCAGAGUUUAACAAUUUGUCUGUUUCUUUCUAUGGCAUUGGAUAUAAGCUAAUAUUCGAGUCCAACCAAGGCCAUAUGGUAUGUAGUGGUAUGCUUCUAAAUUUUAUAUUUGUACUGAUUUCUAACAACUCGAGAAAAAUAAGUAGCAAAAUUUUCCAGAGAUUCGAGAUAACAACUGAAAAAUGAUUGCCGGAAAAAAUUUAGAGCAUGAAUGACAAUGGACAAUUGCUUCCUCGCAGAAAAUAGUUGACUCAGGAACUGUAAUAUAAACAAGGAUAAUAUGAAGCAACCUUUAGUGGCAUUGUAAUUAAACCCAUUUCGAUCAUGUAGGUUAGUUUCUUGAGUUUCUCUGUAUUUUCUAUCGAUCUACGUUAACUCCAGGUCAAGAAAUUAAUGAACAUACGAGCAUCUUUCUAUCUCUGAGAAUCCUUGAUUUCCAAUACCUUUAAGUCAAUUUUUCAGCUUUAAUUGAUCAUUAUGGGAAUAUAAUUUGAAAUUAAUUGCUCGCGCUAUAAAGUUAUCUCUAAUUUAAGGCUUUUUUGGUUCUUCAGGUUCUCUCACAGCCCUUCGAAGUUCUUUAUGUCAACGACUACUCACCCGUAUUUGACCCCACUAGCGGUUCUUACGAUGCAUCUAUUCCAGAGGACGUUUCUAUUGGCACCACCGUUACCACGGUUACCGCAACUGAUCAAGAUUCUGGUUCUCAAGGAGAUGUUUCGUUCUCUUUAGUGGCCGGGAACACUGAGAACAAAUUUUCCAUUAACAGCACGACGGGAGUUAUCACAACUAUCGGAGAGCUUGACCGCGAAACUACUGCCGUUUUUACGCUCACUGUGCGAGCUUCCGACGGUGCCGUUCCUGAGAAGGUGCGGUCCACAGACGGACAGGUAGUAGUUACCGUCUCUGACAUCAAUGACAAUGCCCCCUCAUUCAACAACCCAUCAGUUACCUCUUCUAUCCAAGAGAAUGCAGCUAUCGGUGACGCCGUGAUAACACUCAAUGCUAACGAUCCUGAUGAAGGCUUAAACAGUAAAGUCCUUUAUUCCAUAAUAGACGGGAAUGAAGCGGGAAUAUUCACCAUCAACAGCACUUCAGGAGAGGUGAAAGUAAAUGCUUCGGUGGACUUGGAUCAAGAACCGACUCCUGAUUUCAGUCAUUCUUUAGUUGUUCUUGCUCAAGACAUGGGAACGCCAAGUAUGAACACAAACGUCACACUCAAUAUCAGCAUCACGCCUGUUAAUGAGUUCACGCCACAGCUUCAACAUAACUCCUCGUUUAACUUCAGUUUUGCCGAAAAUGUGCCUGUUGGGGAUGGAGUUUUUGUGUUUGAUGUUAACGCUACAGAUCAGGACUAUGGGGAGCAGGGACGGGUGACUUUUGCCUUUAGCUCAGGUGGGUACGAGGAAGACAAUUCAGUUUUUUUUUCUUUUUUUUCUCUCCCAACAUCCUUCUCCGGCUCAGUGCCUUUCACCCAUUGAAGCCUUCUAACGGAUGAGUCAGUUCUGCGAAUUUGUUUGUUUUUAUCAGGGACUGUUUUCCCAUGUCAUUUAAUCUUUCUUCUGCUUUUUCUUUCCGUUGAAUAGCUCUGAACUACAACUUCCGAAGUCUUCGAAACGUUUGGCUUAAAAAGUGUUUUUCUCAUCAGUUUUUACCCUUCAAUCAACCAAAAUAUCUAGGCAAGCUCCUGUCUAAGAUUUAUGUGGUUUUGUUAUUUUUGUUAUUUUUCGUCAUCUAUCUCUCGUUGAUGAUGAAAAUUACAAAGAAACCGAAAACAAGAAUCCAAAUACGUGUUAAAAUCUUCCGCGUUAAUCUCGCGUGUUUACUAUUUUUAUGAGUAGUAAGCUCAUUUGAGGGUAAUUUUUUUACAUGCAGGUAACGACGAAGGGAAGUUUUCCCUCAAUGCAUCAACUGGAGAACUGACGCUUGCAUCUUCACUCGAUUACGAAACGUCCCCAUCUUACACCCUGAGAAUCCACGCGCGUGAUAACGACCAAGCGGGAAACGUGAAGUAUGCGUUUUUUACCGUGUACGUGAGUGUGUUGGACUUGAACGAUAACGCACCCACAUUUUCUCAGUCUCGGUAUGAAGUGAAUGUUGACGAGGACACAGCUGUUGGAUUAGAAGUUUUUACAUUCCUUGCUUUGGAUCCCGAUGGUGGUUUGAAUGGUCUUGUGUCGUAUUCAAUCUUACUCAGGAACUCAUCAGAGUUUAGCGAUGGGUUAUGGAGUUUAAACUCUUCCACUGGAAAGCUCACAUUAAACGGUAAGAAAAUGACUGAUUUCCUGAAGCUUGUGACUUGCAAUGAUAUAUCAAAUUCUUGCCUCUUCAGCUCCUUUAUUUAACCGAUUCCUCUCCAUAGAAUCCACCGAAGUUAAAUAUUGGCCCUUACUGAGGGACAGUCCAAACAGUUUUUUAGUUCAUGCACUGAAGGUUUCGCAAUCACUUUUUCAACACAGCACGCGAUGUCGCAAAAAUUGAUUAGCUAGCCUUUAUCUGUUAAUCUUUACGGACGUUUUCAACCGGUGAAAUAUCAAAUAAACCAAUGAUGUAAAUGUUGGACAUACAUUUAGCAUUAAAUUUUACACUUUCUCUGCUCACCUAACAGUUAGCUGAAUAAAAAUUGGGAACAUACACAAAUGAAGGAUGUUUCUUCGCACUUGUAAAACAAAAGUGCAUUCUGUGUGACGUGGUGACUCUCAGGCAAUAACUCAUUAAAAGCUUUUAUAAACUCUUUCUAUCGUUUUUUUACAAUAAGUCCCUUCCUAGUUGGGAACUCGGUCUUCAACGUAUCACAAUAGCUAACAGUGUUUCCACAACAGUUUCUUAUUUUUAACGUUUUCCAUCCUUAAGCCUCACUCGAUAUGGAUAACAGGAAGUUUUCAACGUGGACGCACACUCUGGUUGUUAGAGCACAGGAUGCUGGGACGCCGUUGCUAUCCUCAAACACUACACUCAUCAUACACGUGAUUCUCAAGAACGAAUUCGCGCCAAGUUUUGCAUCUUCUGAUGUGUCAAUCAUAGUUGAUGAGGACAUUGCAAAAGGAAGCGUUAUUUACGAUGCAAAUGCUACCGAUGCGGAUUUUGGCGCAGACGGAGAAAUAGUUUAUAGUAUUACUGACGGCAACAACGAUCUAAGAUUCAUGAUAGAUGCUGCAAGUGGUAUCAUAACUAACGAUGCCACCUUAGAUCGAGAGGUUCAGCCUACAUAUGAUCUUGUUGUUACAGCGAGAGACCAAGCAACAAGCAGCCGCAAAUCUGGAACGACCACUGUUCAUAUUAGCUUGAAGGAUGUUAAUGACAACACUCCUACCUUCGUUAAAAACUUUUACUCUAAGCCUGUCGACGAGACUGUUACCUCUGGGGGGGAAAUCAUCACACUUGAGGCAAAUGAUCCUGAUUCAGGAUCCAAUAGUGACCUCACCUAUUCUAUUGCGAGCGGCAACGACCGAGGAUUCUUCAGCAUCGAGUCCAAACAAGGCAUCGUCCGAGCCGCUAAGGACCUAGAUCUAGAAACUGAAAACCAUACCGCAGACCGAACCUAUCAACUGGUUAUAUUUGUUGAGGACGGAGGAACACCUGUCCCACGUAACAGUUCAGUAUCUUUGAUCAUCACUGUACAGAACGUGAAUGACUUCACACCGGUCCUGGAGCAUGCUGAUAACCAAAUAGUAGAUCUAAGCGAAAACACCAGCAUAGCUUUGGUUAUCUUUGAUGUGAAUGCAACUGACGGUGAUUACGGUGAAGAUGGUGUUCUGACUUACUCCUUGACUGCGGGUAACAGUUUUGGAACAUUCGAUAUUGACAACGUCACGGGUAAGUUAGAGCUACAGUAGGUACAGUACCAUAAAGACAUGAAACCUAGGGAGUCACCUCUUGUUCCUCGUACUUAUAAAACAUGCGCAACAGACUUGCUUCAAUCUUUUAAUAAGUGAUGACAAAAAGUAGAUUUUAUGCAUUCUGCGAGCAAGGUGAAGUGACUUUUUCCAUGCAAUGCAAUUCUCUCCUUUUCCUUAAAGGAUAUUCCUUACUAAUGAAGUCAACGCAGUUUUUUAUGUGACAAAUUUUUGCCUUUCUGGUACUGAUCAUAUGUUGUCGGUUCUUUGGUCUUCGAGAUUUUCUGUCAGAGGUAAGAAGUUUCUAAAAUCUUUUGAUUGCAAUCUUUGACAGGUGUCAUCACGUUAGCAAAAGAGUUGGAUUUUGAAACAGUUAGUGAGCACAAUUUGGAAGUCACUGUGAGUGACAGCAGUCUAGACCCUGGGAAAAGGAAGAAAAUCACUGCUCACCUGAGGGUGCGAGUCAUUAACAUCGAUGACAGCGGGAUGUACACUGCUAAAGCUCGAAUGAUACAUGCAUUUAUCGCUUCUCCAUUGAAUCCCGCUGGUUUGGCUGGCGUUCCCCACAAAUCUGACUUGGAGGUGCUUUUAGCAUUUGAGAAUGGAACAGAGAUAGACAUCACUUCAGAAGGGGACCGUUAUACGGUUGACGACUCUUCGAAAUCCAAUGGUCUCUUCAGCGCUACUACUAAUGGCGGACUUUUCAUCGUCGCAAACGACCGAAGUUUGUUCGGAACAGGCAAACUAAUCGUACAUGUCACGAAUGUCAAUUCUGUUGAAGUCAAUGUUACUGUGGUGGGCAGUAAUAACCUUACUGUCAGUGCUGUGCCUUAUCCUGAAACUCCCGGCGCAUCAAAGGUCACAGAACUAAAACAGGUUAUCUCCGGACAUUAUCAGCGGGUGUUACUCAAAGUUCUUGUCGCCUUGACAAAUGGACAAGUCGUUGAUGUUUCUAGUAAUCAUAACACUACUUUUACGUUUAAAAACGCUCAGCAAAUAGGAGGUAAAUAUGAAUUUGGACCCUCUCCAAACAAUUUGUUUUCGAUCGAAGGAAAUGGUUUGAGCGGAGAAGUCUUGUUGCAAGCAGAGUUCGCGCGCAGUCAUGCUGCAGUUCUUAACUUGCCCUUGUCUUCGAAGGUCUUUAAGCCGGUAAACAUCGUCCGGUUUGGCUUGGAAAAUGUCAAUAUGACUCUUAGUGGUUUUGCUAUAGAAAAAACUACCUCGGCGUUUGCUGAAUUGUUAAUGGAUGAUGGAUCGAGCUAUUUAAUCAACAACUUCACAAGUUACAGUGGCUUGCUAUCGUUUUCCUCAAGCAACCCUGGUUCAGCAAAAAUCGAUGCACUGUCUGGCGUGGUGACCUUGGUCGCAGACAGCAGUAGUCGUGUCACUAUUACGGCCAGCCUCAUUGUAAAUGCGAGUGUCACAGCAGAAUUUGCCUUUUAUUGCAACCUGGAGCCAAAGGUCGGUGAAGUUGAUAUCGGAGAGAGGGAGGGCCCACCCAUCCCGAUGCUUGAUAAAGACGACACAUGGAAAAUGCCCAUCAGGGUAAACCCUGGCUCUAUGGGAAUCUUGGCAGUACAGGUAGAGAUUCAGUUCGACUCGGAUUACUUACAGCUUGAAAGAGCUUUCACUUCUUUACCGUAUGAUGUGGCUGGAAACGUGGUGACCAUAUUUGGACCAGUAGCAGCAUCAGAAGCUUUCUCGGAAAGUGUUGGCGAGCUUUCCUUCACUUCUAAGAAAAAGGGAGUCCCUGAGGUUAUGGUUCAAGUUUUCAGAACAGUCAAUAAGGAACUUUCGGCGGUGCCAAGUAAAAACGUGACAGUGUCUUCUUGUUCGAAUAAGAUAUCGGGUGACGUAGAUGUGGACUGUACGUUUGACAUUGUUGACGUCGCUUUCAUCAGUGCCUACAUCACUGCCUCUUCGAAAUCUCGGUUCACUGACGAGAUGAGGAAACGUAUGGAUGUUGACUGGAACGAAGUCAUCGAGGUUAACGACGCGUUUUUCUUGUCGCUAAUUUAUCUGAAAAGCGCCAAAUUUGUGACUGAGCUGACAUACCAAGUACCUGACCACAACAGGGAGUCUUCUGAUCGAUGUGGCUUAGAAUUCUCUCUGAAGCUAGCUAACAAGGAUGGAUCACCAGUUACAAACAUGCAAACGGAAGUAUAUUUUGUCUUCUCGCAUCAGGGUGCAGACGUUGGUGCGCAACUUGCACGUACAACUUUUUCCUCAGGAACUCCCAAAGCUUUAGACGGUGCUUCGUCCGUAGUUGGCUUAAUAAAAGCUAGUUUUGCCAACGAGAAGUUUAUUAUUGCAACUGCCAACUCCGAACUGGAGGCUACCGACGUGGGUGUGACUAUCCUGCAAGAGACACCUAUCGACGGAACAAAACAUGUCGUUGCGAUGUUCUCCUCCUCUAAUCCUGUCUCCAAAUUGGAUGCCAUUACCUGGGCUGAAAAUCAGGCGAUCUUUGUACCACAGCGUAAAUUGCAACUAUCUGAGUCAACUAAAACUUGCAAUGAAAACGAUGACGAUCCGCUCGUUACGGUAACUGUGGAACUUACCUUCGACGGCGAUUACGAUCAGGUAAUCGGAGGCAAGGAGGAGCAGUUUCAAGCUUACUGCGAGAGCCAGUUAUCUAAGAUCUACCCCGAUGCGACUUUCUCUGACUGCCGUGUCCGAAAGGGUAGCAUCAUAGCCACAUUUAACAUGACUUUGCGCAAAUCGAAGAAACAAGCGACGAUAGACAACCUUUGGGACGACGUGAAAGAGGGGCUGAAAUUCGAAUUUAAUGGUGCAACUCUUACAACACGACCGAUCAUGAGGGUGGAUGAUGAACAAAUGAAAGUAGUAGAUGCUCCUAAAGACGAAGACGACAUGGCGUUGUAUAUCAUCAUUAUUGCUUGUGUUGCAGGGUUUUUAGUAAUUUUCAUAGUUGUCAUAGUAAUUUACUGUCGGUGCCGGAAAGGCAGAGCGAUCAAAGUUAACCCAACGCCACCAGAAACUCCGGACAUAUUCAUCGACAGUGGAAAAGAUUCUAAAGAAAACGAAUCUAAAGCUUUUGGAAUGGAAGCUAAGUAUCUUAAACCCAGUGGUAGUGCGACCUGGUCUGUGCACAGCUCUACAGAGUCGACACGAAGCGAUGAUAAAAGAAAAUGUAUGCCUCCAGUUGCUUUUGCAGAAACUAUAGAACCAGCUUUUGAAGAGGUAGAAGAACCACUGCCAAGUUCUGAGGUAAAAUUUUUUACUGAAAUCGAAAAAUACCGGUCUGACCAGCGUAACUGACUCUGAAUCUUGUUGUGGUUCGGGUGCGAGUUCCUCGUCAUGUUAUUAAUUUUUGUUCUUGGGAAGAUGAGAACAUGACGUUCCUUCUGGAAGGUUUGGCCUUGAAAAGAUACCUGGAAUUUAUAUAAACCUGCUUUCUUAUUACAAUCCGAUCAACUAUGAAUAAGGUGCGUGUAAAAAUCACACUUUUUCGUCCAAUGUGAAAAGAAUCAACACAGUGGAUACAUCAAGCAUUGAUAGUGUCAUAAUGCGUCAUUUGAGUUUCCUUCAGCACCUUAUCUGGUGUAGAUUCUUGCUCAGGUAGCAUACUUAGUCUACAACCUUGCGAGUACUUGUGCAAUGAACAUGCAAAUAACUUAUGGGUUAAAAUAUUCUUAAAGUACUGAAAAUUAUGCCCUAUUUUGCAGAGUCCAAAGCUGACGUUGAAAGAUGACGCUGAUCGUCCAAAACCAAUUCUUGCAUUUUCUGCCGUCCCGUCCAAACAAGGAACACCCAGAACUACUCCAAAUAUCAGCAGGAAAUCUUCACCGGUCCACAGUUCCAAAGGCAGUCUUCGGACGAGUGAGGAUACGGACACUUCUCCAGUUCCUCCCACUUCUCCUGAACUUUCGUUAUCAACUACAAGCUCUCAGACUGAAAUCCAAUCCCCCGUUAAAUCAUUGCCAGCUUUGGAAGAAACUGUGGUCAUGGGGGAUGUACUUGAUGACGACGAUGAUGAUGACUUUGAUGAGAGUUUGAGAAAAGAGGCAUUCCUACGUAGGCGAACGUCAUCUUUCGGGGACAACAUUGACCUGCUCAAUAUGCCGGGUUUCCUGGUGGUCACAAGUGAGAACUUGCUAUAAGAUAUCUCUGCUUAACCCUUUAACUCCCAAGAUCUCAUUAGUAAUUCUUUUUACUAUCUGCCAUACAAUUCUUAUGAAGUAGAUUUGGAGAAUUUGGUAUCGGAUCAACUGAUAAUCCCCUAAUUGAUAUUUUUCUUUAUUCUCAUCACUCCUAUGCUUAACAUUGUAUUGAUUUUGUAAGGAGAAAUUUUCUCUUGAUCACUCAUGGGAGGUAAACGGUUAAAACCAGAGGAGUAAAAUCAAUUUUCCGCCUUGUCAGUGUGUAGUGGGUCAAUAGCUAAAAUAUCUAAGGGGUAGAGGCAACAUAAGAGGGUUAUUAGAGGGGGGGGAUAACACACGCAAGGAAUCCGCUUUAGAAAAUCACUUCUUCAUCGUUGAGGAAUCAAUUGAUCUUUAUCACAUAAGAAGUAUCUGAGGUAAAUAGGCGAAAUAUCCUAAGGGAAAGAGGCACCAUUGGAAGGGGUAAACACGCGUGGGAAAAUUUACAAACCUGCUGUAGAAAAUCACUCGUCUAUAACUGAGGAAUAAAAUAAAUAUUUUUCAUCGUCAAGGUGUAAAUAGGUAAUCCCUCAAAAUACUCUUAGGAAAGGAACAGCUCAGGAUGGGUAUCAUCCGGGGGUGCGCACACGAUGGGGAGGUAACAACACUCCUCGUCGGGGUAUACUGGGGUAAGAAGUAUAAGCAUCUUUUUGCGAGUCUGUCUUGAGUGCAGACCAUUCCUUAGUCUCGUUUCUCCUGAAUUAUCUUUAAGUGUCGAAAUCUGAUGUUAUAUCUAACAUUGUUCUUCCUCUUCGUAUCAUGUAGACCAAGUGGUAAAGCGACGCAAAAUGCAAAUAAAGGUGAUUCGACCCAACGCAGAGAUGGGGAUCCUGGCGCACGUGGCAGGGAUAGUGAAUGCCAAGAAAGGAGGAACAUUGGCAGAAUUAAGGGAAGAUAUCAAUCACUCGUUGCCAGGUUACCUUGGCUCAGUGAGAUACCUGUUUAUUUCGCGAAAAAUGAAAAUCAUUGACCCCCGAACAGAGACACAGCUGGUGCUGUCCGCGCUUUAUAAGAAGACUGUGUAUGUCAAAGUGUUCCACGGCGCAGGUAAAGUUCUUGAAAUGUUUUUGAAAUCAGAAAUGGCACGAGAUUCGUUUAUUUAUUUAUUUAUUAUCAUCUUUUUUAUUUUAUUAAUUUUUUUUAAUACAAAAAUGUCGAAGAUAUCGGAAAAGAAAGUAACGAAGGAAAACACGAUGGGUAAUAGACUUGAAGCCAUCACAAAAAAAUUGGAAUUCCAGUAUUAGUUAGACCAAAAUUGCAUCGGAAAAUAGGUGUAGGAAGCCAAAAAUCUACUCAUUUGGCUGCAUAGUGCUUUUCGUUAUAAUGAAGUGAAUCCACCAUCGUGGAUUCUUUAGGAAGGUACGGCUUGGGAAAGUACUAACUUGAUCAGAAGUCUUGGGGCCUGGUGAGAUUUGCUCUCUCUAAUAUUUCUCUCGAAAAUCAUAAUCAUGCGCAUGCGUGAUGAUCGAACGGUGAAUUGUUUCAAGUGACUCUAGAUCUGUAAACACUGACAGCUAAGACUUGUUUUGAUCUCUUUAUGACAGAGAGCUGCGAGUAUUUCUGCUUGUGCGGUAAACCAGCUCAAGUGUGGUGCAAAAGGUGUAACACACAGGGGUACUGUGGGGAUGUUUGUAAGGAGCAGGAUGAAGAACAGCACUCUUCGAUUUGUACCAAGAGCAAGGCCAGGGCCAUGGAAAAUGCGAGGACAAGAAGAGUGUCUAAGAUUUCAAAGAAGUGAUAAUCUUCUAAUGCAGUGUUUUAAACUCGUGUGAUAUAUCUCACCUUAAGGUCUAAAACAAAGCGAGAACGUUUACAGGUAAAUAUGUCACACGAUGUAGAAGCGAAAAAAAACACGUUUUGAGAAAAUUUCUGUUGCAAAUAUUUGACUUUUCUAAUAAUUUCUUUCAUACGUUAUUUUUAUUUUUUAUGAGCAUCCAUUGCCUAUAAGGUACAAUUAAGAGAGAAUCCUCUCUUGGUUUAGCUUCAUUUUCGGUGAAACAUUUUUAAUUUUUGAUUUCUACUCAGUUUUAAACCGUUUUUGUAUCAGUUUUUUUACCUUCAUGCAUUUCUCAGAUACCACAACUUGAUGACCAGAAUAUCGUGUCUUAUAAUAUUGGAAUAUUCAAAUAAGCAAAGGGGCCUCUUCUGUCGCUUAAAUGAGAUAUUCCGAACGCACUCAUAGUAAAGUACUUCCGUUCAAGUUACGCGAAAGCACUUAUAACCAUAUUUAUAAUGAUGCAAAUCGUGCACGACACAUUAAAUAUACAACUUACACGGAAUAGUUUUAAAAGCUUAGAGCUGACGAAAAAUAGGAGACAGUCAUACUUUUGGUUUAUAUGACUUUUUCAGAACUGUAUACUGAGGAGAUUUUUCAAAUAUAUAUGUUAAUAAAUGAAGGCUGUGUCUGGGCAUUGUCGCUUUGAGACACCUUACCCACCCCACUCAUGUCCGUGAGAAUGUAACGGAAUUGAAGGGUAAAAGGAAAGAUGGACCCCCUCUGACCAGUGAUCAUAUAACGCCUUGGAAGGGGGGGAGGGGUGGUUGACACAACCAAAAUCCUUCGAUCCCCCGUCCUCUCAGGUGAUAAAUAAUGACCCGUCACUUAUGAAAACUGCAGAAAAACCUUAGCAAGCAAAUUUUGGGCGCAAUUAAAUUGUGUAGGACAUGAAUGUUAACCACACACGAAUUGCAUUAAAGAAAUACCAACCCUUGCGUGAAGUGAUCCAAAAGGCUGUCUUACGAGAAUCACCGUACAUUGAAUAUUACAUGAGAAAAGACAAUUAGGCCCUAAUUAAUCAAUUAUCCGAGUACUUAAGAACAUUUUAGUAAAUUAAACUGUAAUUAGUCAAUUGUUCGAGUGCUCGAGGAAAUGAAUUAGCUCCAAUAUUUAUUGUUUGUAGGACUAAGAGCUGAACCGAUUAAGCCCA